AUGAUUCCUCAAGACCGGCGAAAGUUGGAGCUUAAACGGAAAAGAAGUUCCAGAGUGUGCAGUUAUAUCAUACCGCGGCCAUACCAGUUCGGCGUUCAGGACUCCUUCACGACCAUACCAGUUCGGCGUUCAGGACUCCUUCGCGACCAACCAGUUCGGCGUUCAGGACCUUCGCGACCAUACCAGUUCGGCGUUCAGGACUCCUUCGCGACCAUACCAGUUCGGCGUUCAGGACUCCUUCGCGACCAUACCAGUUCGGCGUUCAGGACGCCUUCGCGACCAUACCAGUUCGGCGUUCAGGACUCCUUCACGACCAUACCAGUUCGGCGUUCAGGACUCCUUCACGACCAUACCAGCCGUUUACCACCCUCUCUCUCUCUCUCUCUCUCUCUCUCUCUCUCUCUCUCUCUCUAUCUAUCUAUCUAUCUAUCUAUCUAUCUAUAUCUAUAUCUAUAUAUAUAUAUAUAA